ACCUCCUGCGCCGCGGCUAGAGAGGCGUCGUCAGUGCAGGAGGCUGGGUCGGGUCGCGGCCGCGGCGGGUUAACAUCGUUUUUCCAGUCUGUCCGCGGCUACCGCCGCCUGAGACAGAACCAGAAUGUUCAGGAUGCUGAGUAGCAGCUUUGAGGAGGACCCCUUCUUCUCUGAAUCCAUUCUUGCACACCGAGAAAAUAUGCGACAGAUGAUGAGAAGUUUUUCUGAACCCUUUGGAAGAGAUUUGCUCAGUAUCUCUGAUGGUAGAGGGAGAGCUCAUAAUCGUAGAGGACAUAAUGAUGAUGAAGAUACUUUGACUGCAACAAAUUGUUCUCUUAUGCCUUUUGGCAGUUUUGGUGGUAUGCAUACAGAUGUCAGCCCUUUUCAGACAAUGGACCAAAUGUUGUCAAAUAUGAGAAACCGUGUGCAGCAAUUAGAAAGAAACUUUGGUCAACUUUCAGUGGAUCCAAAUGGACAUUCAUUUUGUUCUUCCUCAGUUAUGACUUACUCCAAAGUAGGAGAUGAACCGCCAAAGGUUUUUCAGGCCACAACUCAAACCCGUCGAGCUCCAGGAGGAAUAAAGGAAACCAGGAAAGCAAUGAGAGAUUCUGACAGUGGACUAGAAAAAAUGGCUAUUGGUCAUCAUAUCCGUGACCGAGCUCAUGUAAUUAGAAAGUCAAAGAACAAGAAGACUGGAGAUGAAGAGGUCAACCAGGAGUUCAUCAAUAUGAAUGAAAGUGAUGCUUGUGCUUUUGAUGAUGAGUGGCAAAGUGAGGUUUUGAAGUACAAACCAGGACGCAAUCUAGACGACACUAGAAUGAGAAGUGUUCGCCAUGAGAAUCCUGGAUCCCGAGAACUUAAAAGAAGGGAGAAGCCUCACCAAAGUCCAGCCAUUGAAUAUGGAAGAAGAUCAAAUGUUUUGGGGGACAAACUCCACAUCAAAGGCUCAUCUGUGAAAAGCAACAAAAAAUAAAAAGCCAUGCAUUUGAGUUGUUUAGUUUUGGUUGUUUUAACAGUUAGUAAUGGUGCUGGGUAAUAUGCAUAAGACCAAUCUCUUGUUGUUAAAUUAGUUCUGCCCUUGGCAACUUUCUUCUGAUACCUGAAUACUCAUUAAUGUCCUAGCUUUAUAUCGUCCCUCUUUUAGAAAUAAAAUUUUGAUUUUCAACAAUGUGAGUAAAUUGUGAAAUAGCCUAUUAAUAUAAAACUCUUUAAUACGUUAAAUUUUUAAAGCUUAAAUGCUGA